AUUUAUACACAUUACCCUUUAAAUUACUUCAGGCGCUCAGAUUUCAACAAUAAGGACUACUUUGUUAUCAUACACCCGAGACUAAAAUGUACUGAAGACCCUGAAGAUCUCUUGACACUAGUUUACAACGAGUCGUACAAAUCGUAUAUAACGGCCAAGUAUCUGGUUAGCGCAGUUCUAACUCAAAAAUGGAAUCGAAGGAAUUGAAGUUUGAAUCAAGACGUACGCCAUUAUGUUGUCUGCAUGGUGUGACUGCCAGUUCGCAAUCCUUGGCAAGCCAGAUAGGUCUAGAUAUUCUCAAAAAGGGUGGAAAUGCAGCAGAUGCCGCAGUUGCCAUGGCAGCGGCACUCAACGUUACUAUGCCAACAUCAACUGGUAUAGGUGGUGACGCGUUCUGUCUUUUUUAUGAUGCCAAUUCGAAAUCCGUCAAAGCUGUAAAUGGAAGUGGCAGAGCGCCCUCGGCGUUGACACUAGAAAAGGCGCUGGCUGAUGGCUUCUCUGAAAGGUUUCCUCAGCAGCAUGGACAUGCCAUCACAGUUCCUGGCACUGCGGCAACAUGGGUCGAUACGGUUGACAUGUUUGGCUCGGGAAAGAUUGUGCUGUCUGACCUAUUGGCCCCAGCAAUUCAGCUAGCAGAGGAGGGACACCCUGUAUGCCAGAACACUGCAUAUUCCCUUGACAAAUCGAAACACUUGUUACUGAAUCCUGGAAACGAGGGCGGUAGAGAUUGGUUGAUAGAUGGACGAGCUCCAAAAUGGGGCGAGGUCCUCAAACUACCAAACCUAGCAAAGACAUUCAGGGCAGUUGCAACAGACGGGAAGCGUGGAUUCUACGAAGGUCGUAUAGCACAGUCGAUCGUAGAUGUUGUACAGAAGUUUGGAGGCGUUAUGAGCCUUGAAGACCUUAAGAAUCAUGAAACAACGUUCCCAGAGGCUAUAAGCGUGGACUAUAAAGGCAAACGUGUAUGGGAAAUCCCACCGAACGGCCAGGGUAUAGUGGCACUUAUGGCUUUGAAUAUAUUAGAAGAGUUCAACCUUUCAGAACUUGGUCACAACAGUGUGGAAUACCUGCAUAAAGUCAUUGAUGCGCUUCACCUGGCGUUUGCCGACGCUAUGUGGUACGUGGCGGACACGGACAAGGUUAACGUCCCUAUUGAUGGCAUGAUCAGUAAACGAUAUGCAAAUGAGAGGAGAACUCUAAUGCAUCCAGAUAAAGCUAUAGAAGGGGUAGAUAGGGGACAUCCUGAAAACAAUAGUAGCACGGUCUACUUUACAGUUGCUGAUGAAUAUGGAAACGCAUGCUCCUUCAUCCAGAGUAACUACAUGGGCUUGGGGAGUGGACUUGUGCCAUUGGGUUGCGGCUUUACUCUACAGAAUCGCGGUUGUAACUUCACCCUUGAGGAAGGCCAUCCUAAUGUAGUUGCUCCAAAUAAAAGACCCUUCCACACAAUCAUCCCAGCAAUGGUCACCUCAGCUACAGGGGAUCUUCUCGCAAGCUACGGUGUAAUGGGUGGUUUUAUGCAGCCCCAGGGACACGUACAAGUAUUGCUCAAUAUGUUGGAGUUUGGAAUGAAUCCCCAAGAAGCCCUUGAUAAACCAAGAUUCUGCAUUGGCCCAGGUCAUACGGGUUGUUCAGGCAGUGUUUACUUUGAAGAUGGCAUUCCUGCAGACAUUCUAGAAAAGCUCAAAGCAAUGGGACAUAAAUGUGAAGGUCCCGUACAGGGUACAGACAGAUUACUUUUUGGUAGGGGUCACGUGAUCACUAAAGGGGCGUGGUUUCUAAAGAGUGGCCGUGAUGACGCAGUGAAUGACACAAAUGUAUGGUGGGCAGGAACUGAUCCACGUGGAGAUGGAGCUGCAUGUGGAUAUUAGCACUAUGUUCUCAUGAAAUAUUUGCAGAACAUUGUAUUCUUUCUAUUGAUCAUUCUAUUGACUCAAUCACGACAAUACCACCUUGUGUUGAAUAGUAAUUCACCUAUGGUGACACAUAAGUAUCCUGCAAUGUUCAGUCAGUGUUCUCCUCGGUAUUUUUUAUUGAAGGGGUGCAAAAUAUUCAUUUUCACAACUCUAGCCAAAAACGGUCUAAAUGUAAGUCAACUAAUUUCUCAGUUUCCUCAUUUCAAGUGGAUGCAAAUGAUUGUUUAUGUGAGUGCAGUGUGCAUUUGCUAGGAAGACCACUGUCAACAUUCAGUGUCAAGUAAAACAGAGAUCACCGUAUCCCAUUAUUAUAUGCGUGUUACAUGAGAUAGACACCAAAAAGAACUGGGUUUGAUAGAAAUCUACUGAAUAAUAAAC